GAUUUCUCAUCGACCUCUCUUUUCUCUCUCAAUUAUUUGCAGACAUUCACAGAAUGACAAACCUGAUGGUAAAAAUAGUUGUGUUGCUGACAUUGCUGGCCUCCCCAUUUCUGAUAGCUUUGUCGGAAGCCAAGUCUGAUUUGGGAAUACUUGAUGUUUUUGAAACGGGGGAAGUUCCAACUGCGUAUAAUCGAGUGGACGAAUCGGACCCGGCCUCUCCUCCUAAACCUUUAUUAGUAGUUACACCAACUGUAGAUGGCAUAUACCCUGUCAUCCUGUUUCUCCAUGGCACCUGCCUUAUUAACUCUUUGUACAGCGACCUCUUCCAACAUAUAUCUUCUCAUGGAUAUAUAGUUGUUGCUCCUCAGAUAUAUUCUUGCCUAAACGGAUUGAUACCAAUGCUACCCGUAAGUGGACCUGCAGAACUCGAGUUCGCAGCACAAGUGGCAAACUGGUUACCUUCAGGUCUCCAGUCUGUGCUACCUGAAAAUGUUAAAGGCGAUCUAGACAAGCUUUCCAUUGGAGGUCAUAGUAGAGGUGGAAAGACAGCAUUUGCACUAGCACUUGGUUACGCCAAGACGCCACUAAAAGUGAAAAUAUCAGCACUAGCAGGAGUAGACCCUGUGGAAGGGACAAGCAAAAACAGCCCUACUCAACCCAAGAUUCUCACGUACAUCCCUCAGUCUCUUAACUUAUCAAUUCCGGUAGCUGUAAUCGGAACUGGGUUAGGUAAUCAGCCAGUAUGCUGGCUAGUCUGUCCUGCUUGUGCUCCUGAUGAAAUGAACCAUCAGGAGUUCUUCAGCGAGUGCAAAGCUCCUGCUGGCCAUUUUGUUGCUACAGAGUACGGUCACAUGGACAUGUUAAAUGACAAUAUGACAGACAUAGUAGGGACAUUGACAAAUUCUUUGUGCAAGAGUAGUCAGAAUCCUAGAAAGCCGAUGAGAAGAACUACAGGUGGCAUAAUCGUGGCGUUUCUGAAGGCUUAUUUCAAAGGUGAAAUCGAGGACUAUAUUACCAUUGUGCAAGAACCUUCUGCCGCUCCUGCAAAACUUGAUCCUGUCCAGUUCACUGAAGCAUAAGAUUAUGCCCGAAUUGAUUUACUGUAUAUUUGUUUAUUUAUAUUUCCGUCUAUCACUUAAAUUUUUCAGUUUAUGUUUCUAGCUUUCUUCUUGCAUUAGAAUAUUUGUACAAGAAUCUUAAGUUGCUUCAUUAAUUCAAGAACAUUCAAUGUAAUUUACUAUAUGGAGCAUAGGAUCCAUGUUCUACUUCGCGUUGCCUUAUAAGAUGUAGUCCUCUCUUAACUUCUUGUAUCUUCUGGUCCCAUUGAAUUGACAAAAAGAAAUUUAAUUA